UUACUGGAUCUUGCUCGCUGCUCUUCGCGUUGUCCCUGUUGUUGCUCCUCGUGCUCUGGUGGAGAAACUUUGUCGUCUUCGGUUCAGCUUUUUAAGGAUAAAGGGAAGCUAUGGCCGACUCCCAGAAUGACAAGCUGUUCCGAGCAGAGUACGCCAAAAGCGGCCAGGCUUCGUGCAAGAAAUGCAAGGAGAAAAUCGCGAAGGACUCGCUGAGGAUGGCCAUCGUGGUGCAGUCCCCCAUGUUCGACGGGAAGGUCCCUCACUGGCAUCACUUCUCCUGCUUCUGGCAGCGAGCCUCGGUGCAGUCCACGGCCGAUGUCGGCGGGUUUUCGGAUCUCCGCUGGGCGGACCAGGAAGCUGUCAAAAAAGCCAUAGAAAGUGGUGGAGUGGCCGGAACAGGAAAGGGAAACUCUGGUGGUGCGGCUAAAGGAGAAAAGACGCUGAACGACUUUGCGGUGGAGUACGCCAAAUCAAACCGCAGCACGUGCAAAGGAUGUCAGCAGAAAAUAGAAAAGGAUCAGAUUCGUGUGUCUAAGAAAGUGGUGGAUGCAGAGAAGCCUCAGCUGGGCCUGAUCGACCGCUGGUACCACACUGCAUGUUUUGUGAGCCGCAGAGAGGAGCUGGCUUUCAAACCUGAUUACAGCGCUGCUCAGCUGAAGGGAUUCAAUGUGCUGCGGGCAGAAGACAAGGAGGAGCUGAAGAAGAGGCUUCCUGCUGUAAAAACUGAGGGAAAACGUCCAGGCGACGAGUUGGACGGAGUUUCAAAGAAGCUGAAGCAAGAAGAGGAGGAAGAGAAUAAACAGUUGGUGGAGAAUUUAAAGAAUCAAAGUCAGCUAAUUUGGGGGAUUAAGGACAAACUCAGGAAAUACUGUUCAACCAACGACAUGAAGGAGCUGCUGAUUGCAAACGGUCAGGAAGUUCCUUCUGGGGAGUCCAACGUGGUCGACAGAGUGGCUGACGGUAUGGCCUUCGGGGCUCUGGAGGCCUGUAACGAGUGCCAAGGUCAACUGGUGUUUAAAGGGGAUGCGUAUUACUGCACAGGAGACAUCUCAGCCUGGACUAAGUGCGUGUUCAAAACUGCAACACCCCUGCGCAAAGACUGGAUCAUCCCGAAGGAAUUCCAUGAAGUUCCAUUUUUGAAAAAGUUCAAGUUCAAGCGUCAAGACCGAGUUUAUCCCAAAGAAGCUCCGACCCAAACAUUGACAACAGCUAAAGCUGAACCUCUGGCGAGUGGAUCUGGAGCCCUGAAGGAGCAGCUGCCAGAAGGAGCACCUGCAGAUAAACCUCUGACUGGAAUGAAGCUGCUGGCUGUUGGAAAACUGUCCAAGAACAAGGAGGAGCUGAAGGCUGAAGUGGAGGAGAUGGGUGGAAAGAUCACCGGCUCAGCCAACAAGGCGUCUCUCUGUCUCAGCACCAAGAAGGAGGUGGAGAAAAUGGGAAAAAAGAUGGAGGAAGUUCGGGACGCCGGAGUGCGCGUGGUCUCUGAGGAUUUCCUCCUAGACAUAAAGUCUUCAGGCAAAGCUCUUCAGGAGCUGGUCUCUCUGCACGCCAUCUCAACAUGGGGCGUGGAGGUUAAAGUAGAGCCACAGGCUCCAGCUGCAGCCUCAAAGUCUGGAGCUCUUGCUGCAAAGAGCAGCGGCAAGGUGAAGGAGGAAGAAGGUGGCAGCAAAUCCAAGAAAAUGAAGCUCACGGUCAAAGGUGGAGCUGCCGUGGAUCCAGACUCAGGUCUUGAAAACAGCGCCCAUGUCCUGGAACAGAGCGGGAAGAUGUACAGUGCCACUCUGGGCCUGGUGGACAUCGUGAGAGGGACCAACUCCUACUACAAACUGCAGCUGCUGGAGGACGAUCUGCAGAAAAGGUACUGGGUGUUCAGAUCAUGGGGCAGAGUGGGUACCACCAUCGGAGGAAACAAACUGGACAAAUUCCAUGACAAGAACUCGGCUUUGGAUAAUUUUCUUAGUGUUUAUAAAGAAAAGACGGGAAACGAAUGGGGCUCGUCUAACUUUAUCAAAUAUCCCACUAAGUUCUACCCACUGGAGAUUGAUUAUGGACAGGAUGAGGAAGCCGUGAAGAGGCUGACGGCCUCUGCUGGCACCAAGUCCAAGCUUCCCAAACCCGUUCAGGAGCUGAUUAAGAUGAUUUUUGAUGUGGAGAGCAUGAAGAAGGCCAUGGUGGAGUUUGAAAUCGACCUCCAGAAGAUGCCUCUGGGCAAGCUGAGUAAAAGACAAAUUCAGAGCGCCUACGCUCUCCUCACUGAAGUCCAGCAGGCGGUGUCAGACUGUGUGCCCGAAGCACAGAUACUGGAUCUCUCUAACCGCUUCUACACACUCAUACCUCAUGACUUUGGCAUGAAAAAGCCUCCACUACUCAACAGCUUGGAUUACAUUCAAGCUAAAGUUGAGAUGUUGGACAACCUGUUGGACAUUGAAGUGGCUUACAGUCUGCUAAGAGGAGGAGCUCAGGACAAUGAACACGAUCCCAUCGAUAUCAACUACGAGAAACUCAAAACCAAGAUUGAGGUUGUUGACAAGUCAACCCAGGAGGCUGAGGUCAUUACCCAGUAUGUGAAGAACACCCAUGCUGCUACGCACAACACAUACACUCUGGAAGUACAAGAAAUCUUCAAAAUUGGCCGAGAAGGAGAGCGCCAACGCUUCCGUCCCUUCGAGGAGCUUCACAACAGACAGUUGUUGUGGCACGGCUCUCGCGCAACAAACUACGCCGGCAUCAUGUCUCAGGGUCUCCGCAUCGCUCCUCCUGAAGCCCCAGUGACCGGUUACAUGUUUGGUAAAGGUGUAUACUUUGCUGACAUGGUGUCCAAGAGUGCAAACUACUGUCAUACCUCGCAGUCAGACCCCGUUGGCCUCAUACUGCUGGCAGAGGUGGCGUUAGGAAACAUGCAUGAACUGAAGAAGGCCAGUCACAUCACGAAAUUGCCAAAGGGAAAGCACAGUGUCAAAGGUCUGGGUAGAACCGCUCCUGAUCCAAGUGCUACUGUCACUUUGGACGGAGUGCAAGUGCCUCUGGGAAAAGGAGUCCAAACAAACAUAGACGAUACAAGCCUACUCUACAACGAAUACAUUGUGUAUGAUGUAGCCCAGAUCAACUUGAAGUAUCUUCUGAAGAUCAAGUUUAACUACCAGACAUCCUUGUGGUGAGGGGAGCUUUAAACAAACAAAAAGGACAACUGUGAUUUCCGCCUAGGCUUCAUUAUCUGCACCAAUGUGAAAAGAACAAAUGCCAAGCUGUUCUGUUAUCUGUAACCUUUUGUCACUUUACCACUUUUUGUUAAGUUCCAGUCAUCAUUAGGUAGAUAAAACCUGUACGGAUAAAGGACUGAAAGCAUUACAGCCGGAAUAGUCCUGGAAAGGGGGCAGAGGGAAACCUCAACAGUAACCUAACUGACACCUUCUUUUGAAGCUAGACUAUUCUGUAUUUCCACUAGUCUAAGAGCACGUUUUGAGUUUUAGUUUCCCAUCUGCUGACCCACGCAUAGUGGUGUUUAUAUUUGCAAGGUCUCCAAAAAUGACCACUUUAAAUGCAUGUUUUGUAGACAAGGAGUUAAUAAAGUUUUGAAUGUGUACACUC